AUAUUAUACAAUAUACAUUAUUCUUGACUUUUGUGAUUUGUGAAUUAAUUAUCAAAAUAUGAUUUCUGUAAUUGCAUUUGGGAUAUAACUAUCCUACACGUUAUGUUUAUUUAGUUUAAACGUUUUUAGGAAAGAGAUGUAACAGUAAAAUAAAAACUGCAAUUCAGUGUUUAUAGUAUUACUACGAUAGUGUUUGUGUAGUAGAGGUAUAAAGUGCCUGAUAAAAAUAUACGUUGUAUAAUAAUAAACACGAUUUCCUUUGUUUGAUAAAAAAGUGAAUCAUAAUACUUAAGUAUUAAGGUUCAAAAUAUGCUUAUAUCCAGUGCUAUAACUCGACGAGAUCUAAACUUUUCCAAAAUGUGCUUUUUGAUAAAGUGCCUCAAAAGAUUAAAAAGUUCACAACAAUGGUUAAGUCGACAAAGAGCGGACCCAUACGUAGAAAAGGCUAAGAUAAAUAACUACAGAUGUCGGAGUGCCUUUAAAUUAUUGGAGAUGAACGAGAAAACUAAUAUUUUACAUCCUGGUCUCACUGUUGUUGAUUUGGGAGCUUCACCUGGCUCAUGGACUCAAGUGGCAGUACAAAAAACUAAUGCUGAUGGUGCUGAUUCAACAAAACCAAAGGGGACUGUGUUAUCAAUUGACAAGCUGCAAAUUUUUCCAAUACCGGGUGCAACUAUAUUAAGUAAUAUGGAUUUCUCCACAAUAGAAGCUCAUGAUAAAGUGGUAAAUAUGUUAGAUGGAAAGCCAGUGGACUUAGUACUUUCAGACAUGGCCCCUAGUGCCACAGGUAUACGAGAAUUAGACAAAGAUAGAAUUUUAGGUCUGUGUUAUAUGGCAAUAAGAUUUGCUGCUCUUGUUACAAAAAUUGAUGGAAAUCUCCUUUUCAAAGUAUGGGACGGAAAAGAAGUGCCCAUUCUAGAAAUGGAUUUAGAAAGAUUUUACAAGAACAUAAAGAUUUUAAAACCAAAAGCAAGCCGCUCAGAUUCUUCAGAAAAGUUUAUUUUAGCUAGAGGUUUUAAGGGAAUUCAAAGGCCAUUACAGAAUGGUCGUUGGGGUUGAAAAAAGGCCUGUUUGUAUAUGGUGCCAUAGUCUCUUGGUUUAUAUAGUAAGUAAAUUUAGUUUGUAGAAUAGGUAUAUGG